UCGGGAAACGCACGGAGGUCUCUGGGAGUAUCGCCAUGGUGAGAAUCUGCUACACCACAUCCUUGCUGGCCACGGUGGUGAUGAUGGCGGCAGUGGUGGUGGUAACGGAGGCGAGAGAGCCGGGGAGUAAUGAAGGGGAGGCCAGGUACAUCUACGUCAACACAGAAUCACCCAUGACAAUCGCUGUGCUCCUCAAUGUGCCUCUCUCCCUGGCCCUCCCCAUCAUCGCCCGCCACGAGCACUACCACAGCAGCUACGAAGGGCGCCACCUUCCACCGCUCCUCCCUGACACCAGCACCUCACAGCAUCACUACGAGUACUCUUCCCGUGACCAGGAUGACGUUCUUCACGAUGAUCUUCACUACUUUACUGAGACAACUAAGCUGGCGUCAUAUUUUGCUUAUUUGAAGGUGGUGGAUGCUCCGUGUCAGGAAAGACUUCUGUGUGAGCUGGCCUCCGACCCGCCUGCCUUCUUCCCUGCCUCGGAUAUUUUUUUGAAGGAGCUGCGUCCUCAGCAUGGCGACGUGGAGGAGGACGACCACAGCAGGUUCUGGCGGUAUGUGAGGGCAGCUCGUGGGGGAGCGGAAGGUGACCCAGCUGGUUGUAGGGCGCGCCAUCCCGCCUGUCCUGUGGCUAUCGGAGAGGUGCUCAGCAUGACGGCGCUAAGAUUCUGGCAGCUCUUGGCUCAGAUUGUUGACAUCUCCUUCACUGACUAUUGAAAUACGAAGCCACGACGUGAGAUAAAGACUAUACUAUAUUUAAGAUGAUCUACCUACUGUUACUACUACUACUACUACUACUACUACUACUACUACUACUACUACUACUGCUGCUGUUUAAAACUUUUAACAAUAGCAACGGAAAGAAGAACAGCAACAACAACAACAAAAACAACAAGAAAAACAACAAUAACAGCAACAACAACAACAAGAACAACAAAAUAAUGAUGUAACUUUAGAAUACAGUUGUUUUUAUCUCCAAGAGUUGUUACAAUAAAAAUCAAUUGAAGUCAGAUUACAACUUGAACGUGGAAUCCUUCGUAAUGCACGUAGUCAAGGAAUUAACAGGAAUUAGGAAUGCAAGAUUAGCAGGAGUUACCGUGUGUGUGUGUGUGUGUGUGUGUGUGUGUGUGUGUGUGUGUGUGUGUGUGUGUGUGUGUGUGUGUUCGUAAUGGUGAAGAGGCAGCUGUGGCAUUGGUUUUCCAUGGUAAUACUAAUGACAGGUCGGUGUUUUCUAUUCCUGUGUUCUUUAUCAGAUAACAAUAAGUAAAAGUUUAAUAUGAAAAGAUAAUAAAAGCGAAAAUAAAAAAAGUGAAAAAAUAAAUAAACGACAAUAAAAAAAA